UACGCCAUAUUUUUUCACUCUGUUCUGGGGAAGUGUCGAAGAAGCUCUUGCAAGUAUUUUCUUGAGGAAAAAUAAAGUAUAAUUACCAAUUAUUUAGGUUUGCCCUCAGUAGAUAAAUAAAUUUAACAAAAUUCAUUGUGAAACAGUGAGCUGUGAAAUAAUCAGACAAGUGAAGUUAUUCCUACUUAGACGCCGCAACGUUUUCAACCAUGGAUUUCUCACCGAGUCCAGAGAGUGACACUUCUGGCUACUAUAGGAAUCGCAACCACCGGGAUGAUCGAGACCGAGGCAACCGUGGACGCUCAAAGGAACGUCACUAUCGAAGCAGUCGAUUCAGUCGCAGUAGGUCCAGAUCCUACAGCCGAGAACGUUAUAUUAGCAACAACUGUCGGAGGAGUCCAGAGAGAGAUCUUUACCGGGACUUAAUCGACCAGGAUUAUGGUGAUAACUCUUACGAUAACAGAGAUCGGUAUCGUCACCGAAGUCGUGAUCGAGAUCGUCGUUCACGGGAUAGGGAUCGCAGAGACCGCGACAAACAGAUGAAACGAAACUAUUCCCCUAACCAGAACGUGAAUGUUUUCGAUGACAAUUAUGACAGUGGCGAUAAUCAGGAGUUCUUUUACCAGCAAAAGCCCAACAACAAAAUUAUCGUUCGAGGGCUGGCUGCUCAUAUUACUGAGGCAGAUAUCAACAGUGACCUUAUCCAAUGCGGACUGCAAGCUUUGCACGUACGACUGAUCCGGAGAAAGAGAACAGGUGCAUCGAGAGGUUUCGCAUUUGUCGAGUUCCGCACGGAAGAGGAAGCAACUCGCUGGAUUUGCUACAAACAGGGAAUGCUGAUAUUCAACGACCAUCGUGCCGUCAUGCAGUACACCUACUCGCUACCAGCCGAAAUGCGUGCGAAGGAUAAACCGCAAACUGACUGGUAUUGCGCAAAGUGUGGAGUUUUCAAUUUCAAGCGUCGUGAAAAUUGCUUCAAAUGUUUCGCUUCCCGCGAGGAGAGUGAAAAGGGUGGUGAGGGUAGCGAUGAAAUUAGUAGUAUUCUAACUAAGAAGAUUAUGCUUCGGAAUUUGGACGUACUUACGAACGAAGAAAGUGUUCUCUGUGCUAUGCAAGAGAAGGUCCCAGACCUAGUGUCAAAAAUUUCCAAAAUAAUGGUCUGCAGAGAUCCGCUAACCCAAACAUCACGAGGCAUUUGCUAUUUGCAUUUUGAUAAUUUGAUCGACUCAAUGAACACGUACAACGCUUUAAGAACGAUCGCUCCAAUUCUAAAAAUCGAUAACCGAGAGGUUUUGAUUACGUACUGCGUGGAUACCGAAAAUCGGAACCUCGUCAAAGGCUCGAGCAACAAAUCUUCUAGCAAAGGCGAUUACUGUCAAGAGCCAGCAACAUCCAUGGUAUCUCACCCUGCAAUUGGGCCUUACCCGACUAACUAUCAAUAUACGCUAGCGGAUGUACCGCGCCUGGCAGAGUACAGUGCAGCGGUGUAUGCAUCCAAUCCGGCAGAGCAUGAACAUUAUCUGCAAUUCUACACGAACUACUAUGUUACGCAAAUAUCGCAGGGGCAAAUGGUCAACCUUCCAAGCGAAGCUCAACUUGGUGAAACGGCAAACUCUGGUGCAGCCGUCGCGCAGUCCGCUUUGGCUCGUAAACAAAACUCAAAGAACAAAUCCGACUCUUCGUCGACUACUACGGCAAGCACACCAUCUACCCCAGCCGCAAUUAUCGCGCCUCAACCAUUACAAAUCCCAAAUGGCAAGGAUGGCAAAACAUAUCCUGCACCAGACGUCUCCCAAUAUCAGUACGAUGAAACAUCCGGUUUCUACUAUGACCCAUCGACAGGCCUGUACUAUGAUUCCAACUCUCAGUACUAUUACAACAAUGAAACCUGUUCCUAUCUAUAUUGGGACACAGAAAAAAGCACGUACGUUGCAGCCCCGUCCACAUCGACCUCAACCGCCACCACCAGUACGGAAUCCGCUACAACUUCAACGACAGCUGCCAAUGGAGAUAAGACUGAGAAAACCAAAUCGAAAGAUCAGCCUCAUGAUAAGGUUAAAGUGGCGAAAAAGAUUGUCAAAGACAUGGAGAAAUGGGCAAAGCAGCUGAACCAGAAAAAGGAUUACAGUGUACUGCAGCCACCCGCUAGAGUUGAAGAAGCUACACUGUACUCUUCGCAAGGUCAAAUAGUAGUUAAACCUGCGGAAUCGACUGGCGGUUACGCUGACGUUGGAUUCUCUUUACUGGAGAAGAAACAAACCACGCAAGCUGUGUCAAACUUUCUCAUGGGACAAGCAAAAGCUGCUACGAGUAAAGCUAACAACAACCUGGUUUCACAAUAUGGUUCCGAUUCGGACGACGGCGAGGAAGGUUUCAGUGAUCGGGAUUAUGUAGAUUUCGAAAAGCUCACCUGCCUACUCUGCAAACGUGCAUUCCAGUCACAGGAAAUACUUAACAAACAUUUAAAAAUGUCUUCACUACACAAGGAGAACUUGCAAAAGUUCAACCUGCAAAAGGGAUCGGGUGCAAUGGGUGGUAUGACAAACAAGGGAGGAUCCUAUAGGGAUCGUGCGAAAGAGCGCCGAUUAAAGUAUGGCGAAGCGGAUCCACCACCAGUCAACAAAAGCAAAGAACGCUUUCAGCGGGAGCUGGAAAAGCAAACAAAAGCAGCGUUUACUCCUAAUCUAGCAUCUGUUCCAAUCAGUCAAAGCAAUGUGGGUAACAAACUCCUGCAGAAGAUGGGAUGGUCUGAAGGACAGGGUCUGGGCAGGAGCAAUCAAGGUCGUACCAAUAUUAUUGAGACUGAAACACGUGUUGCAAACGCCGGCUUGGGAACCAAAGCGUCACAAUUUGGCAAUACCGGGGACGAUUAUAAAACGUACAUAAAGAAGAUGAUGAAAUCGCGAUACGAGCAGGUAGAUGUGAAAGACUAAAUACAUGCUUGGCCUUGCCCUUAGGGAAGUCGGCAUAGCUUGUGUUUAAUUUUAAUUAUUACGUUAUACAAUUUAAAGUUGUACCUAAUAGGUUGUAGUUUCAGCAAUUGA